AUAAGUAAUGAUUAGAAUGGGGGAACCUGCUCCCUGAAUGACUCAGUAUUUUGCAAGAGAACACAGCCUGGUCUGAUGUAAGGAGCUGCCUGCAUGCAAUUUUAAAUCAACAUAAUGGGUUCCUGGUGCUUCUUCGCUUUCCUCUGGUCGGCGUAUUUCUGCUAUGGCACGCUGUCCUGCCCACCUCUUUGCAAAUGCUACCCCAGGAGAGCUGAGGUUGUCUGUAAUGAGGUUCCCCUGACAGAAUACCCCUCUGAGGAUCUUCCAGAGGACACCACCAUGCUGACCAUCCAGUUCACGAAUAUCACCUCGAUCUCUGAGCAGCAUGUGAACACAACACCUCGGCUGGAAGGGCUCCACCUGUACGGCAACCACCUACAGAACCUCUCCUCUCACUUUCUCAGAGGUGUUCCUCUAUUAAACACAGUGGAUCUCACCGGGAACAAGCUGUCUGAGCUGCCUGCAAAUGUCUUUAGCCAUGCCCCUCUCCGCAGCUUGGUGCUGAAGAAUAAUCUUAUUGAACAAGUCAAUGUCGAGUGGCUUACUGAUAACAGCAGCCUCACCUGGUUGGACUUAUCAGGAAACUGUCUGACAGAGAUCCCCUCUGCUUUUCUACAGAAACUGCCCCAUCUGGACAAUCUGGACAUUUCCAACAACCGUCUUGGGAAGCUUUCUCCAAACUCUCUGCUUCCCUUAACCAAACUCGAACGGCUGAACCUGCAAAAUAACAAGCUAGAAACCUUAGAUGAAUCCACACUUUCGGGGCCCCGUAACCUCACGUAUCUGUUCCUCAGUCGGAAUAAGCUCAACAAACUGCCCUCAAACCUUUUCCAGGGGCUGAGUCAGCUUCAGCUGCUGAGUCUCGAUGACAACCAGCUGAGCCACAUCCCAGUGGGUCUGCUGGACCCCCUUGAGUCUCUGGAUGAGCAGGGACUGGACCUGUCCAACAACCCAUGGCUGUGUGAUGGGAAGGUGGAGUACCUGUGGAGGUGGCUUCAGAAGAACAAGGUGAAGGUGUUCCUGCCAGAGACCGUCAUAUGUGCCAAGCCACCGCCUCUGAAGGGGCGCCCAGUCAUUUCACUGACAGACAGUGAAAUAAAUGUCCAGUCUUAACCUUCUCUAUCCUCACAAUGGUUUAAUGUGAUAUGUCAAGGGCUCCAUUCAGCCUAACUAAGCUGCCUUACCAUUUGUGAAAUGUUGUCUUUGUUUUUCUAAUGUGAAUACGUAAUAAAAGAUUUGUGGAGUAAAAGAA